AUGUCUAGUAUCACGACGACCGUCGAAACCUCCCAGUCUCUGCCUUCCUUGAAGCCUCGCUCGCCAAAUGACAGAUCGGAAGAGUCUCAGGAGGGGUACAAAUAUGCUCGUCUCCUUCCUGUCUUCGUCAAUAACCAGUAUCCUCCCUUGACACCCUUCGAUCAUGUCGAUCCAGGUCACCGGGCUCUUACCCACUCCAAUCCCAGAGCUUUCCUUGACCGUGCUACUAGUGUCUUUGAUCUGACUCCACACCUUGGUACAGAAAUCCGUGGUGCCAAUCUCGCCACCCUUGAUUCAGAUGGAAGGGACCAACUGGCCCUCGAAGUCGCUAAAAGGGGUGUUCUUGUCUUCAGGGACCAACAGGACUUUAUUGAUCGUGGCCCAGACUUUUACCUGCAGUUUGGAAGGCAUUUUGGGCGACUUCAUAUUCAUCCAUGCUCUGGUCAUCCCAAUGGCUAUCCCGAACUGCACCUUGUCUACAAGAACGCAAACACUACUUUCAAUUUUGAGCAAAGUGAUAGCGUCACGUCAACGCUAUGGCAUUCGGAUGUUUCGUAUGAGCUCCAGCCUCCCGGCUUGACCGGCCUUUUCUUGCUGUCAUCGCCGGAAACUGGCGGUGAUACAUUGUUCACAUCCCAAGUCUCUGCUUUGAAGAAAUUGUCGCCCCAAUUUGUAGCAUUCCUUCGCACUUUGAAGGCAGUGCAUUCAGGUGUUGAGCAAGCAAACCACUCUCGCACUGGAAAGAGGGGCGGUAUCGUUCGUAGGGAACCUGUAGAAAAUGUCCACCCCGUGGUCCGCCGUCAUCCUGUCACUGGUGAGGAGGCACUAUACGUGAACAGACAAUUCACGCGUCGUAUCGUUGGUCUAAAGCGGGAGGAAUCAGAGACCAUUUUGCGAUUCCUUUAUGACCAUAUUGACAAAGGUGGGGACGUCCAGGCCCGCCUCAAAUGGUCUCCCUAUACUAUUGCACUCUGGGACAACCGUGUAACUGCUCAUUCUGCCAUUGUUGACUAUGCCGAUUCAAACGAAACGCGCCAUGGUGUUCGGAUCACCCCUCAGGCAGAGCGCCCUAUCCCGGCCUUGGAAGGACUGGAUCUCAGUUCAUAAAUGUAGCAUGGAAAACAACUUUUGUAUUAUGCCCAUAUGUAUCCUUAAAAAUCAUAGUAACGUUGGCUGCCCCAAGCUGGU